UCCAUAUCCAGACAAGUAGCCCCUUAGAUCUCCACUAACCAGUUCUCAGGAAUGGGGAAUGACUGUCUAGUCCACUGUUUUUCCUCCUCGAUCCCAGGUUUGGGAGAAUGGACACCCUUAAGGAGAAGCAGAAGAGCGAGGGGCUGAUCGAGCUCUAUGAUUCCUUUGGGGACUUGUUCAAGUUUUUUUGUACCCACACUACCAUCCACGGCACAGUCCGGCUCGUCUGCUCCAGCCACAACCAGCUGAAGACGGCCUUCUGGAGCCUGCUCUUCCUGGCCGCCUUCGGCAUGCUCUCCUGGCAGAUCGGCCUGCUCUUUGAGGAGUACUGGACAUACCCGGUCAGGAUGAAUAUCUCGAUCCUCUCAGAACCCAAGAUGUUCCCGUCCAUUACACUCUGUGACAUGAACCCACACAGGCUUGUGAAGCGGUACCUGGAAGAACUGGAUGAAUUUGCCCAGGAGAACAUCUAUUCCUUAUACAAGUUAAAUAUCACUGAAAAACAAGCAGGGGGUCAUGGUGGCCCUGCUCCCCGUCCCGACAGGCUCUUUCACCUCGACCGAAGCAUCUCCCUGGAGAAGCUGGACAGGGAUGCCAUUAACGAAGUGGGAUUCAGGCUGUGUAACAGCACAGAUGGCGACUGCUUCUACCGCACCUACUCCUCAGGGGUUACCGCCAUCCAAGAGUGGUAUCAGUUCCACUUCAUCAAUAUCAUGGCCCUGCUGCCACCCCUGAAUGAGAAAUCCCAUGAAGACCAUGAUGGCAACUUCAUCCUCAGCUGCUGCUACAAUGGAGAGCCCUGUCAGGAGCAUAACUAUAAUAAGAUUUUCCAUCACUCCAUCUAUGGGAGCUGUUACACCUUCAACAACUGGGAAAAGAACAACUGGAGAGCUAAGAAGCCUGGUCUCACUAACGAAAUCAGCUUCUUUCUCAAGGUCGAGCAGAACAGUCACCUCCCAUUGCUGUCUACUGAGGCCGGGGUCAAGGUCAUGAUCCAUGGCCAGAACCAGGGGCCUUUCCUGGACCACCAAGGCUUCAGCCUUCGUCCAGGCACCGAGACCACCAUACGUGUGAGAGAGGAUGAGGUGGAACAUCUAGGGAGUCCAUAUGGCAACUGUACAGAGGACAAUAGGGAUGUGGCUGACCAGCAUCUCUCUGACAAUGUCUAUUCCGCCCAGGCUUGUCUGCACUCCUGCCUCCAGGAGCUGAUGAUCCAGACUUGCGGCUGUGGUUAUUACUUCUACCCACUCCCGGAUGGCGCCCAGUAUUGCAACUACAACCGGCAUCCAGCCUGGGGUCACUGCUUCUACAAACUCUACCAAAAGCAGAAGUCCCACAGGCCCUCCUGCUUCAGCCUCUGCCCCAAGCCCUGCAAGGGAUCCUUGUAUCAGUUCUCAACUGGAGUUGCCAAAUGGCCCUCAUCUAAGUCAGAGGACUUGAUCCUGUCCCUGCUGGGCAAGGACAGUUCCAGGAACUGGAGGAACAGCAGUGCCAAGGUCCACAUAUUCCACCAGCGGCUCAAUUAUUUCUCUAUGAAGGAAAAGUCCAUGUAUUCGGUCACCGACCUCCUGUUUGACAUGGGCAGCCUGUGGGGCCUGUGGUUUGGGUCCUCGGUGCUCUCUCUUGUGGAAAUUCUGGAACUCCUUCUGGAUGUCAUAGCCCUGACUUUCAUCCUGGGCUAUCGCCGCUUCUUUGGGUCCAGGCCGAAGCCUCAGCGGGACCUGGAAAAGGACUGAGGACCCUGGCCAUCCAGCAGGACCUACCUCAGCUCCUAGAGAAGAUGGAGAUGGGCUCAGGAAGCUACCUCUGCAGAAAGGGCCCAUUUAAGGCACACGCUGUCGGCAUUGUGGUCCAUGGGAGAUUCCAAGGGCCCUACCUGCAGUCGGGGCUGAAGGCCUAGAAAGGCCCGGCCUUAGGGACCACAAUGGAGCAUUUUGGGAGCCCCAAAUCUCCCAGUCAGUAUUGCUCAGCCCUCCUUGUGUGUAUGCUGUGUGAUUCUAUUUAUAUGCUUGUGCAAGUGAGAUACAAGCCCUUGUGGGUGUGACUAUGUGAGUAUUUAUCUGGAGGUCUGUGGGUAUCUGUGAGCGCCUACUUUUGCACGGGGCCGGGGGUGUCUGUGUGUACCAUUGUCUGGAGGACUGUAGAUGUCUCUGUCUGUUUUUAUUUAAUUAGCCAAGGAUGCUGAACACAUAGGUGUGAAAACUAUAGCCUCCUCAGUGGUAGGUGGUUGGUUUCUGGUUUUAUUUUUAUGUUUUUCUUUAAUAAAAUA